CAGUUGUUUGGCAUUAUCAAUGUACUUUGACCCUCCUCGCUUCCUCUAAUACAUAAAACAGGCACAAAUCGGAAGUGAAAUCUGACUGCUAUGCCUAAAAGGAACAUAAACAAAAAAUUUAGGAGAGCGGCGGCAUCUUCAGUCGCCGUGUCUGAAAAGGCACGCGGGAUAGAAAUGGCACAAUGGAAAAAAAUGAACAUGUUUUAUACGUCAGUGAUUGUCUCAUUAAUUACCAUUUGUGUGGCACCGCUGAAUGCUGAACUGUCUUUCUCUGGUUUAUUUAAUGAUAAACAACAUUCAAAGUUAAAGAUGGAUGAAGCUCUUUUGACAGUCAUCAAUGAACUGGAAACCGAAGUGGAAGUGUAUUGGCUCUCCCAGCGGUGCUAUCAGUGUCUUUAUCAACAGCUCGGGGUUGUCCCUGCUGUGACAAGUCCAGGUCAGCCAAGCUCAAAGGAGUUCACUGUUGGCACUCAACAUGAAAUUACACUCCAAGCAAACAGCACCCCUGUUAUUAUGGAGAUUUGCACAGUUUCAUUCCACUUUGGGGAGCAAGGAAACUACUCUCUGUGGCUUAAAAAUAUAAGUACCUCCGUGGCCAACUGCUCUAUUGUGACUGAUGUAGACCCAGUAAAUAGUUACACACCCAUUCUGGUAGCAUUCCUAGUUUUUGCUGGACUGGGAUUAUUGUAUGCUCUGGGAAGAGCAAUAUUUGCACUCGAUUGGGUUAGGGGUGUCCUCUUCAGAAUUGGUGGAUCCAUGGAGACUGAGAGGCUGAUCAACUCUGAACUGGGAUCCCCUGGCAGGACAGUGAUGCCAGUGACUGACAACAUACUUCCGCCCCCACCCAGUCCCAGCAAGAGGUUACGAUCCCUAGACACAUUCAGAGGGAUCUGCUUAAUUAUUAUGGUAUUUGUGAAUUACGGAGGAGGACGAUAUUGGUUCUUCAGACAUGAGAGCUGGAACGGCCUAACUGUUGCUGAUUUGGUGUUUCCAUGGUUUGUUUUCAUAAUGGGAACAUCCAUUGCACUUUCAAUCAAUUCCAUGCUUCGCUCAGGCUCAAGCCGCACUUCACUUCUGAAAAAAGUGGUAUGGAGGGCCCUGCAACUUUUCAUCAUUGGAGUCAUCAUAAUCAAUCCCAACUACUGCCAGGGUUUUUUGUCAUGGGACAGCCUGCGGAUCCCUGGUGUGCUACAGCGCCUGGCCUGGUCAUACCUUGUCGUGGCCUGCCUGGAUCUUUUGGUGGCGAGGGGUCAUCUUGACAUCCUACCAUUGGAUGCAUGGUGGUCCUCUUGCAUUGAUGUAUUGCUCUACUGGCCUGCUUGGAUUUUUGUGCUCCUCCUAGAAAUCAUUUGGCUCUGUCUCACUUUCCUACUUCCUGUACCAGGCUGCCCAACAGGCUAUCUUGGUCCAGGUGGGAUUGGGGACAUGGGCUUGUAUGCAAAUUGUACUGGUGGAGCAGCUGGUCUUGUUGACCGCUGGCUGCUUGGAGAGAACCACAUCUACCAGACACCUUCGGCCAGGGUCAUUUAUGCCACUCAAAUGCCAUAUGAUCCGGAGGGUGUUCUUGGCAGCAUCAACUCCAUUGUUAUGGCUUUUCUUGGGUUACAGGCGGGAAAGAUAAUCUUACACUACAGAGACCUUCAUUCAAGUAUUAUAUCAAGGUUCCUAAUUUGGGGUCUCUUUUUGGGUGUCAUAUCAGCUGUUCUCACAAAGUGUUCCACAGACCAGGGAUUCAUUCCUGUCAAUAAGAACCUAUGGUCGCUGUCCUAUGUUACAACACUUGGCUGCUUUGCCUAUGUGCUGCUUGCUGUAGUCUACUACAUCAUAGAUGUCAAAAAGUGGUGGUCCGGAGCACCAUUCUUUUAUCCAGGCAUGAACUCCAUCCUUGUCUAUGUAGGCCAUGAGGUAUUUGAAGACUACUUCCCCUUCCACUGGCGCAUGGUCAAUACUCAAUCCCAUGCUGAGCACCUUACUCAGAACCUUGUGGCUGUUUCUUGUUGGGUCUUCAUCUCCUACAUCUUGUACCGGAAAAAAAUCUUCUGGAAAAUCUAAGGUGGCAUAACUUUGCAUGCACAGCCUUGUUUGGAUGUAUCAUCUAAAAUGCUCGGGAAAUGGAAGGCAGGGGACUUUUUACAACGUUGGUGGUAUAUUUCAAAAUAUAUAUGUAACAGCUGUAUUUUCAUUAUCUUGUUUAAUGUUUUGAUUUGUUUGGUUUUUUUUUUGCAUACAUCCAUACUGUAAAAAAGAACUGUUGGACUUUUCACAGAUUUCCAUCAGCUGACCUCUUCUAGAUAUCUUGUGACUCAGGAAGAACUGGGACCAAAAUAGACUUAUGUAUUUGGAAUUUGAUGACGGCCCGGUUCAUCUUUGUUUCCUUUCACACUAAGAGUAAUUUUUAAUUCCUCAUUUUUCACAGUCUCUAAGUAUGAAAGUAAUCACAUGUAGCUGUCUUGCCUUGUUGUAGCCCAUUUGUACUUUGACAGCCUUCUAGCUGUUACCCAGCAGCAAGCUUUUAAUAUUUGUUUCAUUUGAAAGAUAAACUAUUUGACAGUAUAGUGAAAAGCAUCAAAAGCUACUACAGAUUUCUCACAGCCAGUAAAUCAUACGCUUUGUCAAACGAAGUAAUUUGGGUAUUAAAGCUCAAUGUUUGUUGCCAUAGAAGUUCAUCCCCUUCAUUUUUACCUUGACUGACCUUUUGCUAAAUGUAUUUUCUACUUAAAACUGAGUCAAUGCUGGCCAUUCCUAUAGUAAUGAUUAGUUAUACAGAACUCCUGUUGCUGUGUCAUGGAUAUUUUCUAACUUUUAUACUUUAUAUUUCAGCUAAUGCAAUGACAUUCAAAAUGUAUUACGCAAUACAGAAUAUUGCUGAGGUUGAGGUGGAUUUCAUAACGGGUUGAAUGUUUACAAUGUGCUACAGAAGAAUUGUAUAAUAAAGAUGCGGAGGAGUGACAACACUUUGUAAUUUUUUUAAAUUUUUUUAUGUGGAAUACAUUUUGAUAAUGAAGUUGUUCAGCUUUAAAGGUACUGUAGGUAAAUGGCAUUUCUACAUUAAUUUUUAAUUCUUUGUACCAAUUUUGGAUGCCAGGAUCUGUGAUUCGUCACUUCAAAGUUCAGAGAUCAAGAGUUCACUACCAGUUUCUGGUUGCAUGUUCUCAGUGUGUUUUUGUGGGUUCCUUUCAGGUGGUCCAUUUUCUUCCCAUAUCUCCCAAAACAUACAUAGUAGAUUAACUAUAAAAAAUUGGCCGUAGGUAUGAAUGUGACUGUGAAUGGUUUAUUCUCUGUGUGCUCUGUGAUUGGCUGGCAACCAUGGCCAGGUGUACUCAGUUGUUGUAGGUUCCAGCUCCCUGUGACCCCCAUCAGGAUAGAUGGUACGGAAAAUGGAUGAAUACAUGGUAUAUAUUUGAUCUAAUAUAUACAAUAUCUCCUGUCAUGUCACAUUGCAAAACACAUCAGUUUUGUUGGAGCAUGUCUACUGUAUUGUGUCUGUAUAAUAAUAAAAGUUCAAAUAUAAAGGGUCUGAAUCGGGGGAAAAAUGAAGGAUGCAAUCGGGUAACAAGAAAAAAGAUUUGUCAUCAUUACUUUAAGAAAUAAAGAUUGGGCUGUAUAAUUGCAAAAAAAAAAAAAAAAAAAAUCUCCAAGUGGAGUCGCAAAAACCAUCAAGUGCUACACUGAAACUGGCACUUAGGACCAACCCAGGAAAGGAAGACUAAAGUCAUCUCUCCUUCUGAAGAUAGGUAAAUUACUUAUGAAUGAACUGAUAAGUUCAUCCAAGUCACCAGCCUCGACAUUGAUAGAAGAUAACAGCAGCUCAGAUUUGAGACCAGAUGAAUGCCAUUCAUAGCUCUAGCAGCAGAACCAUCUCUAGAACAACUUUGAAGAGGAGACUGCAUGAAUUGAGCCUUCAUGGUCAAGUUACUGUGAGGAA